UGGCCCCGCAAACACCCGCGUCGGCGUCUAGGGCAACAUAGCUCGGGUUACCCCCGCACACCUGGCACUGACACCUCCCGAAUGAGCUCGAUCCCGCUGUCUGUCGGUCUAGCAGCCUGGCUUUUGCAGGACAAAGCUGCCUUUCACUUUUCACUGCACUCUCCCUACUCCCGCCUCCUCCCUCCACUCUUGGGAAGAGAGUUGGGGCGGGGGAAGGACUGAAAUAUUCAGAUUACGGCCUCACCUGCCACCAGAAGGGGCCUAGAUUUGGGGAGCCAGGAAAAGCUAGAGAUGCCUCCAACCAGCUUUAGGACCCAGAGGCUCAGGGGAAAAAAAAAAAAAAAACAACUUUUUCUUUGGAAGUCCAUUCUGACUUCUCAUCUUUCCCGAACCUCCCUCUGGGCCAGGCCCGAAGUUUUGGGGGAGGGAGACUCAGAGAUCUUUGUGGCAAAUUCCUGGGACUCCAGAGACUCUCAACCUGACCCCCUCCUCCUAGUCCACCACAAACAUCACCCCACCCGGCCAGCUCAGUCUCCCCAGCCCCCAUUCCACGUGGACCCGCCAGGGCGGGGUGGGGAAAGAGGACAGGAAGAGGGGGAGUCAGCUCUGAGGAGGGGGAAGGAGGCUGGCGGCUGGCGUCCGCCCUCAUUGCCAGCGUCUUCCAUCUGGGCACCAUGUUCCUUGCGGGGUCCCCCAGCCACACCCUCCGCCGGCUCCCCAUGCUGCAGUUGCUGCUGCUUCUACAGACCUUGGAGAGGGGGCUGGGCCGUGCCAGCCCAGCCGGAGCCCCCUUGGAAGAUGUGGUCAUCGAGAGGUAUCAUAUCCCCCGGGCCUGUCCCCGAGAAGUACAGAUGGGAGAUUUUGUGCGUUACCACUACAAUGGCACUUUCGAAGAUGGGAAGAAGUUUGACUCCAGCUAUGACCGCAGCACCCUAGUGGCCAUUGUUGUGGGUGUAGGCCGCCUCAUCACUGGCAUGGACAGAGGUCUCAUGGGCAUGUGUGUCAAUGAGCGCCGUCGCCUCAUUGUGCCUCCCCACUUGGGCUACGGCAGCAUCGGCCUGGCGGGGCUCAUUCCCCCUGAUGCCACCCUCUAUUUUGACGUGGUCCUGCUGGAUGUGUGGAACAAGGCUGACACGGUGCAGAUGAGCAUCCUCCUGCGCCCUCCACACUGCCCCCGCAUGGUGCAGAACAGUGACUUUGUGCGCUAUCACUACAACGGCACUCUGCUGGAUGGCACCACCUUUGACAACAGCUACAGUAGGGGAGGCACUUACGACACCUAUAUCGGCUCUGGUUGGCUGAUUAAAGGCAUGGACCAAGGGCUGCUGGGCAUGUGUCCUGGAGAGAAAAGGAAGAUCAUCAUUCCUCCCUUCCUGGCUUAUGGGGAGAAAGGCUAUGGGACUGUGAUACCCCCGCAGGCCUCCCUGGUCUUCUAUGUCCUGCUGAUUGAUGUCCACAACCCGAAGGACACAGUCCAGCUGGAGACGCUGGAGCUGCCCCAGGGCUGUGUCCGACGAGCAGCGGCAGGGGACUUCAUGCGUUACCACUACAAUGGUUCUUUAAUGGAUGGCACCCUCUUUGAUUCCAGCUACUCCCGCAACCACACCUACAAUACCUAUAUUGGGCAGGGUUACAUCAUCCCUGGGAUGGACCAGGGGCUGCAGGGUGCAUGCAUAGGGGAGCGAAGGAGGAUUACUGUGCCCCCUCACCUUGCCUACGGGGAGAACGGGACAGGAGACAAGAUCCCUGGCUCAGCUGUGCUCAUCUUUGAUGUGCAUGUCAUCGACUUCCACAACCCUGCGGACCCUGUGGAAAUCAAGACGCUGUUCCGGCCGCCUGAGAACUGCAAUGAGACAUCCAAGAUUGGGGACUUCAUUCGCUACCAUUACAACUGUUCUCUGCUGGAUGGCACCAGGCUCUUCUCUUCCCACGACUAUGAGGCCCCGCAAGAGGCCACCCUUGGCGCCAACAAAGUGAUCGAAGGUCUGGACAGGGGCCUGCAGGGCAUGUGUGUGGGCGAGAGGAGGCAGCUCAUUGUGCCCCCACACCUGGCCCAUGGGGAGAGUGGAGCCCGGGGUGUCCCUGGUAGUGCUGUCCUGAUGUUUGAGGUGGAGCUGGUAUCCCGAGAGGAAGGCCUGCCCACAGGCUACCUGUUCGUGUGGCACCAGGACCCUCCUGCCAGCCUGUUUAAAGACAUGGAUCUCAAUAAAGAUGGAGAGGUGCCCCCAGAAGAGUUCUCCUCCUUCAUCAAGGCUCAAGUGAAUGAAGGUAAAGGACGCCUCAUGCCUGGGCAAGACCCUGACAAAACCAUAAGAGACAUGUUUCAGAACCAGGACCGAAACCAGGAUGGCAAGAUCACAGCCGAGGAACUCAAGCUGAAGUCAGAUGAGGACCAGGAGCGGGUCCAUGAGGAGCUCUGAGGGCCAGAGUCUCAGGUCUGACCUCAGACGCAAAGGCACUGCGCUGGGGGACAGUGGCCAUGGAACUGGCCUGUCAACAGCUGCCCUCCCUCAGUGGGGAUAACUCUGGGAGUCACUGAAUGUCAUCGGAGACUGCUGUGACCUUCCCACUGGCCGUGGCCUCCAGUCCACAGCACAGACCUCUUGACAUUUUUCUCUUCCAACCCUGUGCCCCUUCCUUAAGGUUCUUGGCAUGAUAAAUGCAAUUCAGGGAGGGGACACUGGUGUUUGGUUAGAGCUGUUGCUGAUGCCACACACCCACCCAUACCUCCCAUCCACAUCACUAGAGUCAGCAAGGAUCAGCUCCUUGCUCCUCCACUUUCCCAAAUGUGCCCUUUGUUUGUAUUGUCCUGCCCCAUCUCCCUGUCCAUGUCCCCAUUCCCUGUCAUGGCAGCUCCCCAGGGGCAUGAGUGAGGAGACCCUGCAUUCUCCUGCCUCAGCUCUGCCUGCUCCUCCAGAAGGGGGUGGCUCCCAGAAUACAGUCCUGCCAGCCGCUCCUCUCACUCCAGCCUCCUCCCUGACCACUGGGGUGAGGUCUUUCAUCUUAAAGCUUUCUCUGAAGGGAAAGGUGUGAGAAGUCUGCGCAGGCGUCAGGGCUGUGAAAACCCGCACGUGGUGCUAAGUUGGUGGGAAGGAGGGAGGCAGAGUUCUGGGCUCUGAAGACUUAAACUGAUCCAAUCCUUUCUCCUUUGUGUCAAUAAAAGGUUAAACUGAAGA